AUGUGCCCAAAAAUGGAUUGUGGAGUUGCAUUAAGACGUCUAAAGGUCAUCCUGAAAGACAAUAUUGUUGAAAUGGACAGAUUCAUAGAUAUUUUGGUAAAGAAAGACUUCAUUACGAUGCAAGAGGAGAUGCGGUUAGAAGAAAAGAAGAAUUACUUGGGCAAGAUUGAAAUACUUUUCUUCAUUUUCUACCAAAGAGAUCACCACCAGGCACUGACAUCUCUUCAAAUGAUACUGCAGGAAUUGGGAAGAGAUGAUAUCAUCAGGAAGCUGGAGGAUUCUGGUAAGGUAGCAGUAAGGACAAAGGGUGACCCUCCUGCAACCACCGAAAUCAAGCGGAAAUUAACCCGGGCGGAAAUCAAUGACGACGUCUUUGCAAUGGCUAAGAACGUGAAGCCUCCUGUGUGGCAAGAGGCUCCGUCUGCAUCAUCCCAGAUCAACCCAGGCACAGAGGCAGAUCUUCUUGGUCUUUGCAGACCCGUAGCUCAUGUAUAUAGAAUCUGCCUCACGAUGACUGAGAUCUACGACCUCGUUAUGGAGAGGUACAAGGCCGGAAACCGUCCAGUGGACCUCAUGAAGGAAUUGAAGAACCUGAAGGUCACCACAAACAUGGUCUAUAAGACCAUUAACCGUUAUGCGAGGUAUGGCAGUGGUCUGCCCAGGCCCAGGGGUGUGAAAAAGAGGACCGUCCGCAUGCCAGAGAUAAUCAAGAGCAUCCGGAAAAAGAUUGCCUUCAACCCACACAGGUCCUUCAGGAAGAUGGCCAGGGAGGCCGUCAUUGAUCCCAAGACAGUGUGGGACAUCUUGCAUGAGGAUCUGGAUACAAAGUCCUACUCCAUACAAAAGCGGCAGCUCCUGACUGAUGUCCAGAAGCAGAAGAGGCUGGAUUGUUCCCGAAAGCUACUGAGCAGGCUGAAAAAAGGGGAUCUUAGCAAGUUCGUGACAGACGAGAAACUGCUCAUAGUUGAAGCUGUCCAGAAUCUCAGGAACAACAGGGUGGUGGCCAAGAACAUCAAGGCCAUCCCUGGAAAUGAAAAAUUCCACCUGAAGAGAAAUCACCCUGCCGGAAUCAUGGUCUGGGCCGAGAUCAGCAUGUCCAGGAAGACCUCCCUUGUGUUCAUCCCACCUGGCGUCAAG